CGCCCCCACACCAAGCCGUAUCGUCUUCUCCCUCUUGUCCGGUUCGGGUGGUCCGCGGUCGGGGUGAGUGAGUGAGCAGCUUUGCUUCUCCAUCUCCCCGUUCCCUUCCCUCCCCAGCCCCCCGGCCCGGCGGCGGUACGUGACCCUGACGCCGCAGCGCUAGCUAGCUCGCCGGAACGGCAGGUGGCGGCGCGCGACCUGAGAGCACAGCAGCACCGGACCGGCUCAGGCAGGCGACCGGCAGAAAAGAUGGCGGGAGCAGCAGCUGUGGAGACGGCGGCGGCGGCGGCAGCGGCCAACGGAAAAGCGUGCUGCCACGCCGCCAAGGGGCCCGGGUACGCCACGCCGCUGGAGGCCAUGGAGAAGGGCCCCAGGGAGAAGCUCGUCUACGUCACCUGCGUCUACAACGGCACUGGAAUUAACAAGCCGGAUUACCUUGCGACGGUGGAUUUGGAUCCCAGCUCUCCUACAUACUCCCAGGUGAUCCACAGGCUCCCGGUCACCCACAUCGGCGACGAGCUGCAUCACUCUGGCUGGAACUCCUGCAGCUCCUGCCACGGUGACCCAUCGGCCAAGCGCCGCUUCCUGAUCCUGCCUUCCUUGCUGUCAGGCCGUGUGUAUGUCGUCGACACAGCGACAGACCCAAGGGCGCCAUCCUUGCAUAAGGUGGUUGAGUCUGAGGACAUUGCUGAGAAUACUGGGCUUGGGUUCCCUCACACGUCUCAUUGCCUUGCGUCUGGCGACAUUAUGAUUUCUUGCCUUGGGGACAAGGAGGGGAAUGCAGCUGGCAAUGGCUUCCUGCUGUUGGAUUCAGAGUUUAAUGUCAAAGGACGUUGGGAAAAGCCAGGUCACAGUCCCUUGUUUGGAUAUGACUUCUGGUACCAGCCUCGCCACAAGACGAUGAUCAGUUCGUCAUGGGGAGCCCCUGCAGCGUUCAGGACAGGUUUCGAUCUUCAACAUGUCCAGGAUGGCCUGUAUGGAAGGCACCUGCAUGUGUACGACUGGCCUGGCGGUGAGCUCAAGCAGACACUUGAUCUAGGUGACACUGGACUCCUUCCCCUUGAGGUGAGGUUUUUACAUGAUCCAUCAAAGGACACUGGCUAUGUUGGCUGUGCUUUAACAAGCAACAUGGUGAGAUUUUUCAAGACCGCGGAUGGAUCGUGGAGCCAUGAGGUUGCUAUCUCUGUGAAACCACUGAAGGUCCGCAACUGGAUUCUGCCGGAAAUGCCAGGAUUGAUAACUGAUUUCGUCAUCUCUCUUGAUGACCGUUAUCUCUACUUUGUAAAUUGGCUUCAUGGCGAUAUUAGGCAGUACAACAUUGAGGAUCCCGCAAAGCCUUUCUUGGCUGGACAAGUAUGGGUUGGUGGUCUUCUUCAGAAGGGCAGUGAUGUCGUCUAUGUUACUGAUGAUGGUCAGGAACAGCAGUACAAUGUGCCUCAAGUCAAGGGUCAUCGACUUAGAGGUGGGCCACAGAUGAUUCAGCUGAGCUUGGAUGGCAAGAGGAUAUACGUGACAAACUCACUUUUCAGCCGAUGGGAUGAGCAGUUUUUCGGUGAUGAUCUUGUCAAGAAGGGCUCCCACAUGUUGCAGAUCGAUGUCGACACCGAGAAAGGAGGCCUGGCUGUCAACCCCAACUUCUUCGUCGAUUUUGGCACCGAGCCUGAUGGUCCUGCCCUGGCCCACGAGAUGAGAUAUCCUGGUGGGGACUGCACCUCUGAUAUAUGGAUCUGAGGUCAAGGAUUCGGCGUAAUUAACAGGCUGCUGGAGAAUCCCUGUUGUUGUAUGCACUGUAAUUAACAUGGUAUCCGUGCGGUGUUCUGUCUUGUACUGCGACUGUUGCCAGUGGAAUAAGGCAUGGUUUCAUGAGAACUCUAGAUUAAUAAAAGAAGUCCUGAUUCU